GCUUGAUCAUGCUCACACGCUCUUCGUUCGGCCGCAUCCUUGCCUCGUCGCGCCAGGCCACGACGCACCCGAUCAACUGGUCCCGCGUCACGAAGCCCCGGCCGAAUGCAGUCUUUGGCGCUCUCUCGAGCGCCAAUGUGCCGAGCCUGCACCUCUUUAGCGUCCUCUCCAAGGUGCACUGGACGCACCGCCCGACAAAGCCGACGCGCCCGGCGCAAUUCCGGUUCCUGACGAUCGUGGGCGGGCACUGUGUGCCAUUCCGUCCCUACGAAACCGAGUGGAGCAAGAACCAGCGCCGAGCCCUCGGCAAGAAGCUCUACGUGAUUGAAGAGGCCCUCAUCGAGGACGACGACUAAAGGUCCCUCGCGCCUAAAUUAUUUAUAACGACAACGUUCCAAUGUACACUUUUUACGAAC